AUGGCCUCUCAAACGGAGCAUCACGCCUUCCACUCCCUUCGUCAGCUCGUGAACGAAACGAGCACAUGCUCCACAAACGCCAGUUCGACAAACCAGUCAGCAGCCGAGGCGAUAGCACCAUUUGCAACCGCCCUCAACGGGGUGAACAUAUCGAUGAACAACAUCUUCAGAGAUGCCUUGUGGGGGAGUUUAGGCGCGCUGGCCGUGCUCAUACUCCUCGUAAGAAUGGGUGAGAGGCUCCAGUCCCAUCUACGACAUCUUAUGGCCAUGAGCGUAUCAGGGCAACAGCAGACGUAUUGGACGCUGAACCGGACAAGCUGGUGGAAAGUCAAGAAACAUCUCCUCUACGCACCCCUGUGGAAGAAACGUCACAAUCGAGAGAUCCGGCUCUCCUCAGCUAUCAGCAUGGGAACCCUUCCGUCGAGGUUCCACACCCUCCUCCUGAGCGCCUAUGUCAUAAGCAACAUCGUGUACUGCGCAUGGCUGGAUUAUGGGAAACUCGACAAGUACUCGGUAGUAGCUCAGCUACGGGGCAUAUCAGGGGAUCUAGCGGUUGUCAACAUGAUCCCGCUAGUGAUCUUCGCAGGCCGUAACAACCCCUUGAUCUCCCUACUGCAGGUCAGUUUUGACACUUACAACCUUCUUCAUCGAUGGAUGGGCCGAGUUGUCGUCCUGGAAGUAUUCGUACACACCGCAGCUUGGGCUUAUGUCAAAUACGCAGCAACAGGAUGGUCUGGCAUUGGUUCAAUGAUUAUACAGGACCCUUUCAUAACCUGGGGCACGGUUGGCACCAUUGUUAUGCUCGUCAUCCUCUUGAGUUCUCCCUCUCCAGUCAGACAUGCUUUCUACGAGACAUUCCUUGAUGUCCAUAUCAUACUUGCAUGCGUCUUGAUGCUUGCCGUCGUUAUUCAUUGCGAACUGGGCAAGCUUCCUCAGAGACCCUACAUCUGGGCUGCGAUUUCAUUAUGGCUAGGAGAAAGGAUUGCUCGCAUGGUCAGGAUCGUGUACUGCAACUACUCACGCAAAGGCUGGAUAAACGCCUCGGUCGAAGCACUACCUGGGGAUGCCUGCAGAGUGAUCCUGCACCUUCCGAAAUACAUCCAUAUCAAGCCUGGCACCCACGCCUACCUCCGAUUUUCCUCGAUAAACCCAUGGGAAUCCCACCCUUUCUCCAUCGCGUGGGUUGACCACCGACCUCGCAUCCCCGUCCUCCCAAGCGCAGAGAAGGACUUGGAGUCGCAAGACCCAAUGCGGAUCGACAAAUCAAACACCAUCACCGAGGUCUCCUUCAUCAUCCAGGCUCAAACCGGCCUAACCCGACGUCUCUUCAACAAAGCCCGAGUGGCUCCACGCACACUGCCCAUCCGCGCCGCCCUCGAAGGGCCUUACGCAGGCCACCACUCCCUCGACUCCUACGGGCACGUCGUCCUCUUCGCGGGCUCCAGCGGCAUCACGCACCAACUGCCCUACAUCCGCCACCUGCUACACAACUACUCUCUCGCGACCGUCGCCACGCGCCGCAUCCUCCUCGUCUGGAUCAUCCGCGACAUCGAACAACUAACCUGGGUUCGUCCCUGGAUGGACACACUUCUACAACACCCGCACCGGCGCGCGGUCCUCACGCUCAAGCUCUUCAUAACGCGACCGCGCGACGCGCGCCAACUCAUCUCUCCCAGCGCCACGGUGCAGCUGUUCCCCGGACGCCCAAACGUGCAAUUCCUGUUGAAGAACGAGGUCAGGAAUAGGGUGGGCGCUAUGUGCGUCACGGUCUGCGGACCCGGUGGGUUAGCGGAUAAUGUUAGAGAGGUGGUGAGGGAGGUGCAGGAGGAAGGGGUGGUGGAUUUUAUCGAGGAGAGCUUUACUUGGUGA